AUGGGGUCCCCACUCCUCCCACCGACACAAUGGGGGCACCACUCUUCCCACCGACACAAUGGGGGCACCACACCUCCCACCGAGGCCAACAAUGAGGUCCCCACUCCUCCCACCGAGGCCAACAAUGAGGUCACCACUCCUCCCACCGAGGCCAACAAUGGGGGCACCACUCCUCCCACCGAGGCCAACAAUGGGGGCACCACUCCUCCCACCGAGGCCAACAAUGGGGGCACCACUCCUCCCACCGAGGCCAACAAUGGGGGCACCACUCCUCCCACCGAGGCCAACAAUGGGGGCACCACUCCUCCCACCGAGGCCAACAAUGGGGGCACCACUCCUCCCACCGAGGCCAACAAUGAGGUCCCCACUCCUCCCACCGAGGCCAACAAUGGGGGCACCACUCCUCCCACCGAGGCCAACAAUGAGGUCCCCACUCCUCCCACCGAGGCCAACAAUGGGGGCACCACUCCUCCCACCGAGGCCAACAAUGAGGUCCCCACUCCUCCCACCGAGGCCAACAAUGAGGUCCCCACUCCUCCCACCGACAUGAGUCACUUUUCUACUCCCACUGGCCUUAAUCUGGCCCCUCUAAAGCCUGAAGGACAGUAA